AUGGCACUCUCACCUUUCGGCUCUCGUUCGCCCUCUAUGACUGUGCAUUCCCCAAAUACAGCAAUCAGGCUCAGAGCCACAGCUGCACAGAACUCAGCCACUGGGGCUACAUCUGCGGGAGGGCAUGUGCCAAGUGGAGAUCGUGAACUCACUGAACAACUGAACAUUGACGUCCGGGAGCGAUAUGUCAAAGACAAGAAGGUGGGAGAAGGUACCUAUGCUGUGGUAUACGUUGGCCACCUCCGACACGAUCCAUCAUCACUUGUCGCAAUCAAGAAGAUCAAGGUCAAUGCAGAAUACAAGGAUGGGCUUGCGAUGGAUGCGGUUCGUGAAGUGAAGUAUCUUCAGGAGCUGAAGCAUCCUAACGUCAUUGCACUCCAUGACGUUUUCUCCUCCAAGGAUCAAAACCUUAGCUUGGUGCUUGAAUUUCUCCCCGGUGGAGAUCUCGAGAUGCUCAUCAAAGAUAGCGAUAUUCACUACGGCGUGGCUGAUAUCAAAGCUUGGAUGGGAAUGCUUGCCCGGGGCGUUUGGUGGUGCCAUGAAAACUUUGUUCUUCACCGGGAUAUCAAGCCCAACAACUUGCUGAUUGCGUCAGACGGGGAGGUCAAAUUGGCUGAUUUUGGUCUUGCAAGAUCCUUUGCCGAUCCUUUGUUCAACAUGACCCACCAGGUCAUCACUCGAUGGUAUCGCCCGCCCGAGCUUCUCUACGGGGCACGUCAAUACUCUGGCGCAGUCGAUGUUUGGUCAAUGGGAAUGGUCUUUGCGGAGCUCCUACUACGGGUUCCAUUCGUGGCGGGUAACACCGACUUAGAUCAGACCUCCAAAAUCUGCGAGGCGUUUGGUACACCGACAGAGGAGAACUGGCCAGGAGUCAGCAAAUUGCCCUACUACAUUACCACCGACCAGGCUCAUUUAGUACCGUUGCAAGGGCGGGAUUUUUUCAUGCGACAGUUCCCCACUGCAGGACCGGUAGGGGCAGACUUGCUGAUGUCGAUGUGUGCACUUGACCCACGUAAGCGUAGCACGGCCGUUCAGUGCCUGCGGCAUAGCUGGUGGACGAUUGAACCGCGGCCGACCAAGAAUGAGGAUCUUCCCCGAAAAUCCGGGACCAAAAAGAUGGGUGAAGAUUUGAUGCGACGUGGGGGUGAAUUGGAUGAGGGCAUGUUCAAGAGUGCUGCGCGGCAACUGGAUUUUGGCAUGAAGUAA